AUGGCUGCCAAAAAGGGUCUUGAAAGAGCUUGCCUUGUGAGUGAGAGGGACACCAAGAAGUACUCCUUGACCUUAGCCAGGAUGAGCUGGCAUCAGAAGAAUUUCAAUGAAGAGAGGCAGCAGCAGGAAGCAGAAGAUACUGAAGUUAAUACAGCAUAUCACUGUCACAGCUACUCACAGGCCUAUGAGAACAGAAAAAGGGAGCAGCAUCAAGCCAGGAGGAAGCUCUGUGUAGCAUCAGUAAUUUGCAUCUUCUUCAUGAUUGCUGAGUUUACAGGGGACUGCAUGUUUCACACAGGUGGGCAGAUUGCGGGGAGCCUGGCGGUGAUCACGGAUGCUGCACACAUCCUGGUCGACCUGACAAGCUUCCUGAUCAGCCUCUUCUCACUGUGGAUUGCCUCCAAACCUCCAAGCAAGAAGUUAACUUUUGGGUGGCACCGAGCAGAAAUUCUGGGUGCUUUGAUGUCUAUGAUUAUCAUCUGGAUAGUGGCUGCUGUAUUGACAUAUCUGGCUGGCAUGAGGCUGCUACACCCUGAUUAUGACGUUGAUGCUACAGUGAUGCUCAUUACCUCUGCUUGUGCUGUGCUUGCCAACAUCCUACUGAGCCUGAUUCUGCACCAGACCAGCCAUGGGCACAGUUGUGGGGCACAAGCCAGGGAACAUGAAUCAAGCCCUGUGGAAAAGCCAGCUCUGAGCAAUGCCAGUCUGAGGGCAGCCUUUGUGCAUGCCAUUGGAGAUCUAUUCCAGAGUCUUAGUGUGCUAAUUAGUGCACUUAUCAUCUUCUUUAAGCCAGAAUACAAAAUAGCUGACCCAAUCUGCACAUUUGUGUUUUCCAUCUUUGUUUUGGCAACGACCAUUACCAUUUCAAGGGAUAUUUUGAUUGUGCUAAUGGAAGGAACACCAAUAGGACUUGAUUAUGAUGCAGUGAAAGCAAGAAUUUUAGCAGUUGAGAAAGUGGAUUCUGUUCACAACCUUCGGCUUUGGUCUCUGACAAUGAAUCAAACUAUUUUAUCUGCUCAUGUUGCCACAGCAGACACAGUGGACAGCCAGAAGAUUUUGAAAGAUAUCACCCAAGCCUUGUUUGAGCACUACAGCUUCCACUCCAUCACCAUUCAGAUUGAAUCAGAAGAGGAUCAGAAACGAGACUGCAUCUUCUGUCAAGAACCCAGGGAUUAA